UUCAUCUGCGCUGCAACCACACAAACCACUGCCCAGAAAAAAUAAUUUAUUAUGAAAUAACUUCUUCUGCUCGAGUCGGAUCGGAAGGCCAACUUGUGCAUAAUUUGUAGUUGGUCUUAUCUGAACCAGUAUCAAUUAAUGGAUGCCAGGAAAGCCCAUAAAGCCUCCUCUUCAUCCUCACCAUCCUCUUCAUCAAAACGUUGGGAGUACCAAGUGUUCUUGAGCUUCAGAGGUGAAGACACACGCAAGGGCUUCACAGGCCACCUCCACGCCGCAUUAUCUGGUGACGGAUUCCGCGCCUUUCUUGAUGACAACGAGCUAAAAAGGGCGGAAUUUAUAAAAACCCAACUGGAGCAGGCAAUCGACGGGUCCAUGAUCUCCAUAAUUGUCUUCUCCAAGAGGUAUGCCGAUUCCAGUUGGUGUCUUGACGAGCUGGUGAAGAUCAUGGAGUGCAGAGAAAGGCAACAGGUUUUUCCAUUGUUCUAUAAUGUUGAUGCUUCAGAUGUCCGGAAACAAACUGGUAGUUUUGCACAAGCAUUUGAGAAACAUGAAGCGGGCAUCUGUGAAGGUAAACAUGAGAAAGAAAAGGUACAGCGGUGGAGAAAUGCUCUCACUCAAGCUGCAGAUUUGUGUGGGGAAGAUCUCAAAAAUGCUGAUGGGCAUGAAGCAAAGUUUAUCAAGAAAAUUCUUGGGAAGGUUAAUAACUUGGUGAACAGCAAAUACCAAUUAGACACCGAAGACCUUGUUGGAAUUACUUCUCGGGUGAACGAAGUUGUUCGCAUGAUUGGUAUUGAAAAUUCAGGUUCUAAGGAUGUUGUUCGCAUGAUUGGUAUUUUGGGGAUGGGCGGCAUUGGAAAAACAACGCUUGCCAAAACCAUUUAUAACAAUUUUGGACCUAUCUUUGAAGGUAGGAGUUUCCUUGCAGACGUGAGGGAAGUAUUUGCAAACCAACGCAGUAAUGGUCUGGUUGGUUUGCAAGAACAACUUCUAAAUGAUAUCUUGAAAAACGAGGGCAUAAAAGUUGGAUCUGUUGCUAAAGGGAUCGAUAUGAUAAGAGAAAGACUUUGCUGUAAAAGAGCACUUGUCAUAAUUGACGAUGCAGAUGAUCUACAGCAACUACAAGCAAUAGCUAGAGCUCGUGAUUGGUUUGGUCCUGGAAGUAGAAUUGUUAUAACAACAAGAAAUCAACAUUUGCUAGACCAAGUUGGAGUGGAUAGCACAUAUAUGGCUCAAGCAAUGGACGAGGAAGAAGCUCUAGAGCUCUUUAGUUGGCAUGCCUUUGAAAUUGGUUAUCCUGAUCAAGAAUAUCUUGACCUCUCAAAACGUGUAAUUCGUUACUGUCAAGGCUUGCCACUAGCGCUUCGAGUUGUAGGGUCUUUUCUGAUUAAAAGACCCACAGCGGAGUGGGAAAGCCACUUGGAGAAAUUGGAAAGAAGUCCUGAUGGAGAUAUUCAAAAAAUACUCAGAAUAAGCUUUGACGGGCUACCUGAUGAGGAAAAGAGAGAGAUAUUCCUUGAUAUAUCUUGUUUCUUUAUAGGAAUGGACAAGGACUAUGUAACACAAAUAUUAAAGGGAUGUGGCUUUGCUCAACCGAUAGGAAUCAGUGUCCUCAUUGAACGGUGCCUUGUAACUGUUAGUGAGGAAAACAAGCUGAUGAUGCAUGAUUUGCUUCGAGACAUGGGAAGAGAAAUCGUUCGUGAAAAGUCCACCGGCCGUCCUGAAAAAUUUAGUAGAUUGUGGAAAGGUGAAGACGUAAUAGAUGUAUUGAGUGAUGAAUCUGGAACUAAAAAAAUUGAAGGAGUUGCUCUACAUGGCUCUUACGGGACUAGAUUCAGUGCACAAGCAUUUACCAACAUGAAAAAACUGAGGUUACUCCACCUCAACUACGUAGAGCUCACUGGAGAGUACAAAUAUUUUCCCAAAAAGUUAAUAUGGUUGUGCUGGCAUAGAUUCCCUUUAGAGUCCAUACCAGAUGACUUUCCUGUGCAACCAAAACUAGUUGCUUUAGACCUGCAGUGGAGCGCACUCAAAAUAGUUUGGAAGGAUUGCAAGUUGCAUCAGAAUUUGAAAAUCCUUAAUCUCAGCCAUUCCUAUGAGCUAACAAAAUCACCAGACUUUUCAAAACUCCCAAAUCUCGAGGAAUUGAUAUUGAAACGCUGUGAGAGUUUGUCUGAGGUUCACUCAUCCAUCGGGGAUCUUGGAAGACUUUCUUUGGUAAAUCUUGAAGGCUGCGUAAGCCUAAAGGAUCUUCCACUGAAUUUCUAUAAAUCCAAGUCUAUUGAAACUCUUCUACUUAAUUGGUGUUUAAGUUUUGAAAAGUUGGCUGAGGGCUUAGGGGACAUGGUAUCAUUGACAACUCUGAAAGCGGAUGUGACAGCCAUAAGACAAAUACCAUCUUCCAUAUUAAAAUUGAAGAAACUGAAAGUUUUAUCUUUAUGUGAUCUUUUGCCUCCUUCGUUGCAAAGUUUAAGCUCUUUAAGAGAUUUAGCUCUUGCAGACCGGAGUUUAACUGAUGAUGCAUUCCCCAAGGAUCUCGGUAGCCUAAUUUCCUUAGAAAAUUUAGAUUUGGCAGGAAAUGAUUUUUGCAGCCUACCAAGCUUCAGUCGUCUUUCAAAGCUUCAUGAUUUGUCUUUAAAUGUGUGCGAAAAUCUUCGUGCAAUCCCAGAUUUACCAACAAAUUUGAAAGUCUUAAAAGCAGGAUAUUGCUUAGAAUUGGAAAAAAUGCCAGAUUUUUCAGAAAUGUCAAAUAUAAAAGAAUUGUAUCUAAGUGGUUCGGACAAACUCACUGAGAUUCCAGGCCUGGAUAAGUCAUUAAACUCCAUGACAAUGAUUUAUAUGGAUGGCUGCACUAAUCUCACUGCUGAUUUUAGGAAGAACAUCCUACAGGGAUGGACUUCUUGCGGAUAUGGUGGCAUUUUUCUCAGUGGAAAUGAUAUUCCUGAUUGGUUCGACUGUGUCCAUGACGAUGAUAUUGUGUAUUUCACUGUGCCUCGAAGUGUUGGUCGUAAUUUGAAAGGGUUAACUUUGUCCUUCGUUUCCUCUCCAGUCUUUUUAAGUCGUCGUAGUAGCAUUAGCAUUAAAAACAUGACCAAGGGUGCUGAGCUUGAAGCCAGGAUCAUACCCGAUUGUCCAAUUGACGAGCUCAAUUACAAGCCAGGUUAUUAUCUUUGGCAGGGACAGUUAUCAAAUGACGAGCUCAAAUUGCAAGACGGUGAUAAAGUCUUGAUUGAAAUAAGACAAUAUGAUGAUGGGGUGAAGGUGAAGAAAACAGGUGUUAGUCUGGUAUGGGACAAAUUUAUGAACGAAAAUAUGAUUGAUUACCAUCUUUGUCGAUAUGAACGACGCCCAUAUCUGGUCAAUGAUGAUGACAUUAUUUAUGUCGAAGAUGAGAAUCACAUAACAAAAUCACCAGACUUUUCAAAAUUCCCAAAUCUCGAGAAGUUGAUAUUGAAAGGUUGUGGCAACUUAUUUAAGGUUCACUCAUCUAUUGGGGAUCUUGGAAGACUUUCUUUGGUAGAUCUUGAAGGCUGCAGAAAGCUAAAGGAUCUCCCACUGAAUUUCUAUAAAUCCAAGUCUAUUGAAACUCUUAUACUGAAUGGUUGUUCAAGAUUUGAAGACUUGGCUGAUGGCUUAGGGGACAUGGUAUCAUUAACAAUUUUGGAAGCAGAUUACACAGCCAUCAGACGAAUUCCAAGUCUCGCUGGUCUUUCAAAGCUCAAGGUCUUGUGUUUAAAUGCAUGCAGAGAACUUCUUGCAAUCCCAGAUUUACCAACCAAUUUGUAUGUUCUGAAAGCAAAUGGCUGCCCAAAAUUGGAAACAAUUCCAGAUUUUUCAAAAAUGUUGAAUAUGAGAGACCUGCAGGAUAGCUUCCUCAAAAUAGUUUGGAAGGGUUGCAUGUUGGAUCAGAAUUUGAAGAUCCUUAAUCUCAGCAAUUCCUAUGAGCUAAUAAAUUCACCAGACUUUUCAAAACUCCCAAAUCUCGAGGAAUUGAUAUUGAAAGGUUGUAAGGAGUUGAUUAAGGUUCACUCAUCUAUUGGGGAUCUUGGAAGACUUUCUUUGGUAAAUCUUGAAGACUGCGAAAUGCUAAGGGAUCUCCCACUGAAUUUCUAUAAAUCCAAGUCUAUUGAAACUCUUAUACUUAAUGGUUGUUGGAGAUUUGAAGACUUGGCUGAUGGCUUAGGGGACAUGGUAUCAUUAACAAUUUUGGAAGCAGAUUACACAGACAUCAGACAAAUUCCAUCUUCCAUAGUAAAAUUGAAGAACUUAGAAGAUCUGCUUCUUGAAGACAAUGACUUUUGGAGCCUACCAAGUCUCGCUGGUCUUUCAAAUCUCAAAGUCUUGUGUGUAAAUGCAUGCAAAAACCUUCGUGCAAUCCCAGAUUUACCAACCAAUUUGUAUGUUCUGAAAGCAAAUGUCUGCCCAAAAUUGGAGACAAUUCCAGAUUUUUCAAAAAUGUUGAAUAUGAGAGAAUUGUAUCUCAAUGAUUCGGUCAAACUCACUGAGGUUCCAGGCUUGGAUAAGUCAUUAAACUCCAUGACAAGGAUUCAUAUGGAAGGCUGCACCAAUCUCACUGCCGAUUUUAGGAACAGCAUCCUACAGAGAUGGACUUCUUGCGGAUUUGGUGGAAUUUAUUUGAAUGGAAUUUAUGAUAUUCCUGAGUGGUUCAAAAUCGUCAAUGAUGUGGACAAUAUCGUCUUCUUUGAAGUUCCUCAAAGAAUCAUGGGUCGUGAUUUAAAAGGGUUGACUAUAUGCUUCAUUUACUCUUAUUUUGUUUGGGGCCCAACUUCUGAAACUCCUAUUGGCAUAAUCAUUAGAAAUCUUACCCAACAAAAUACUUUGCACGCCAAGAUAGCGUUUGCCAGAUAUGGAAGACCAGCAGCCCAUUCGUUUUUGUCAAACGAACCUGAAGAUCUUUGGCAGGGACAAUUGUCAAACGAUGUGCUCCGUUUGCAUGGCGGGGACCAAGUCUCCAUUCUUGUAAGGCCUCUAGUUAAUUUUGGGAGAGUGAGGAAGAUAGGGGUUCAUCUAGAAUGGGACAAAGUCAUGAAGGAAAAUCAUGACUGGGAACCAAAUCGGGAUUUUUCAGGGGGAGUUGAUGACAAGUUGGAUCCUCAUUUGUAUGAUUUGGAAACAAAUCGGGAUUUUUUGGGGGGAAUUGAUGAUGAGGCAAGACCAAGCCAUGGCGCAUCUGUUCCCGGUGAUCAAGUGAGUGCUAUAGAUGAAGAAUCAGCAAUGGAAGACGAUCCUCUCGGCCAUGGCGAUCUAUGUACUCGUUUGUCAUUGUCUAUCAUGGAGAAUCUGGAUUUUUCUGGAGGAGCUGAUGAUGGGGCAGGACGGAGCCAUGGUGCAUUUGUCCGCACUAAUCAAUCGGGUGCUGUAGAUAAACAAUUAGAACGGGACAAAGUCAUGAAGGAAAAUAUGGAUAAUUCGGAUCCUGAUUUGUAUGAUUUGGAAACAAAUCGGGAUUUUUUAUCAUUGUCUAUCAUGGAAAAUUUGGAUUUUUCUGGAGGAGCUGAUGAUGGGGCAGGACGGAGCCAUGGCGCAUUUGUCCGCACUAAUCAAUCGGGUGCUGUAGAUAAACAAUUAGAAUGGGACAAAGUCAUGAAGGAAAAUAUGGAUAAUUCGGAUCCUCAUUUGUAUGAUUUGGAAACAAAUCAGGAUUUUUCAGGGGGAGUUGAUGACAAGUUGGAUCCUCAUUUGUAUGAUUUGGAAACAAAUUGGGAUAUUUUGGCAGUGAAACCAUAUUUGGAUUUUUUGGGGGGAAUUGAUGAUGAGGCAAGACCUAGCCAUGGCGCAUCUGUUCCCGGUGAUCAAGUGAGUGCUAUAGAUGAAGAAUCAGCAAUGGAAGACAAUCCUCUCGGCCAAGGCGAUCUAUCUACUCGUUUGUCAUUGUCUAUCAUGGAAAAUCUGGAUUUUUCUGGAGGAGCUGAUGAUGGGGCAGGACGGAGCCACGGCGCAUUUGUCCGCACUAAUCACUCGGGUGCUGUAGAUAAACAAUUAGAAUGGGACAAAGUCAUGAAGGAAAAUAUGGAUAAUUCGGAUCCUCAUUUGUAUGAUUUGGAAACAAAUCGGGAUUUUUUGUCAUUGUCUAUCAUGGAAAAUCUGGAUUUUUCUGGAGGAGCUGAUUAGAGUCGGACGAAGUCAUGAAGGAAAAUAUGGAUGAUCCGGAUCCUCAUUUGUAUGAUUUGGAAACAAAUCGGGAUUCUUCAAGGGAGUUGAUGACGCAUUUGUUCCCAAUCAAACAAGUGUUAUACAUGCAUUUGUUCGGACUAAUCAAUUGACUAAUGUGAAUGAACAAUUAGCAUUGGAGGAAGAAGAAGCCAUGAUGAAGCAGAGAGAAAUUGCAAUCUUGAUUUUUAUGCCCAAACAUAGAUCCCAAAAUAUAGAAAAAUCCUAUGCAAUCCAAAUUCUAUAAAACAGUCCAGUUGGACUAUUCAAUGGACUUACCAAUACAAACAACCCUUGAAAAUUAUACAAUUUAAAAAAUUGCCACUGCAAUAAUAUUACUAGAUACCCAAAUACAAAGCCCAC